AUUCCAUACAGGAUGUCAUUGUAUUCCAGUGUGACUUAACACUUGGAGGCGCAUCUGUUUCUCAUGUCUAAGAACCAGGAGCAGCAGGUUUGAGAAUUUGGUCCCAUGUAUUUGGCUGAACCCACAUUUUUCCACUUUCCUGCUGAAAAUAAUUAUGAGGAACAUUUACCUACAAACACCCUGACGUCAGACUGAAGCAUGUCUUGGCCUGCUCUGUACGCCCAGCUGGCCGGGGCCAACCGUCACUCCACCAGCCUGGGCAAAGUCUGGCUCUCCGUGCUCUUUAUUUUUCGGGUGAUGGUGCUGGUUGUCGCAGCUGAGAGCGUUUGGGGGGAUGAGCAGUCGGACUUCACCUGUAACACCCUCCAGCCUGGCUGUGAAAAUGUUUGCUACGACCAGUUCUUCCCCGUCUCCCACAUCCGUCUGUGGUGCCUCCAGCUCGUCUUCGUCUCCACGCCGACCCUCCUGGUCGCUACACACGUGGCCUAUCAGAACCGCAAGGACAAGAGGAGGCUCCUACAGGCCUCGUGCAGAGCUGGUUUUCUCAGCAGCAAAGGUCCGGACGAGGAGCUGGAGGCGCUGAAGAAGCGAAGGCUCCCCAUAUCGGGCGCCCUCUGGUGGACGUACGCCUGCAGCCUGCUCUUCAGGCUGCUGUUCGAGGGAGGCUUCAUGUACGCCCUGUACGUGGUGUACGAUGGUUUCCAGAUGCCGCGGCUGGUGCAGUGCGACCAGUGGCCCUGUCCCAACCUGGUGGACUGCUUCAUCUCGCGUCCAACCGAGAAAACCGUGUUCACCGUGUUCAUGGCCACGGCCUCAUCCAUCUGCAUGGUGCUCAACAUGGCUGAGCUGGCCUAUCUGGUUGCCAAGGCAGUCACUAGGGCUCUCAGCGUCCGGAAGGAAAAGAAGCAGAAGAGGAGGAACCAGAAGUUGCCUGUGUCGACGUGAGGGAGCAGCAGCAGGAUGGAGAGCAGUGCACAGGCUGAGCUGCAGCCAAUGUAAACUGUGUAACUAUGACAAGUUCCCAUCUUCAGUGAUGCCUGAAGUGUUUAAACAGCAGUCAGGCAGGAGGGGAUAGUGAAUGUCUGAGGGUGAGCGUUAUUAGUGUAUUUGCAUGAUGUGGGUUUAUGAUUACAGUACUGUAGCAUCUAGAGCCAUUACUUCCAGCUACUGGACAACCAGGUAAUCGUAUGGGAUUUACUAACAGCUGAAGAUUUAUGGAGAAAGUAGGCGGGUCUUCCUUGAAUCCAGUGAAUUAGAAAUGAAUAAUUAUGCACUUGCAACUUUAACCUAUUACCUUUGUUUUGACUAACUGGGAAAUAUUACAUAUGGAUUUGCAAAUGUAAUGUAACAUUGAAUAGUAAUGAGUACAUAAUGUAAUUAUCUACUGUUACUAAGACAUUACAAUAGAUAGCAAGGUCAGAGGGAAGCUGUUCCUUAAAUAUGGAAGAUGAUUUUUUUUACUGUAAUAGAAACCACUUUGUAUUUCAAUUGUCAUCAUGUUUCUAUUUGUAAAGGAUGAAUGUUUAUAUUGAAGGUUUACAAAGGCUUUUUAUUGUAAAAUAAAAAAAAUGCAAAAGCAACUUUAUGCAGGUCCCCUGUAAAGGUUACUAUAAUAAAUUACAGAAAACAAGUGUGUUAGAAAUGUUACUUUUCAAGGUCAUAAUUCUUCAGUAUUUAAGAUGAAACAAAGUUAAAACGUGAGAACCAU